AUGGAUGUGGACGUGGACAUGGACGUGGACGUGGACAUGGACGUGGACGUCGACAUGGUUGUGGACGCGGACGUGGACGUGGACGUGGACAUGGACGUAGACAUGGUCGUGGACGUGGACAUGGACAUGGACGUGGACGUGGUCGUGGACGUAGACGUGGACGUGGACGUGGACUUGGACGUGGACGUGGACGUGGACAUGGACGUGGACAUAGACGUGGACAUAGACGUGGACGUGGACGUAGACAUGGACGUAGACGUGGACGUGGACGUAGACGUGGACAUGGACGUGGACGUGGACGUGGACGUAGACAUGGACGUGGACGUGGUCGUGGACGUGGACGUGGACGUGGACGUGGACAUGAAGGUGGACAUGGACGUGGACAUGGACGUGGACGUGGACGUGGACGUGGACAUGUACGUGGACGUGGACGUGGACGUGGACCUGGUCCUGGACGUGGACAUGGACGUGGACGUGGACAUGGACGUGGACGUGGACGUGGACGUGGACGUGGACAUGGACAUGGACGUGGACGUGUGUCCCAGGAACAUGGACGUGGACGUGGACGUGGACGUGGACAUUGACGUGGGCGUAGACGUGGACGUGGACGUGGACGUGGACGAAGACAUGGUCGUGGACGUGGACGUGGACGUGGACGUGGACGUGGACAUGGACGUGGACGUGGACGUGGACUUGGACGUGGACGUGGACGUUGACGUGGACGUGAACGUGGACGUGGACGUGGACAGGGACAUGGACGUGGACGUGGACGUGGACAUGGUCGUGGACGUGGACGUGGACGUGGACAUGGUCGUGGACGUGGACGUGGACGUGGACGUGGACAUGGACGUGGACGUGGACGUGGACAUGGACAUGGACGUGAACGCGGACGUGGACGUGGACAGGGACGUGGACGUGGACGUAGACGUGGACGUGGACAUGGACGUGGACGUGGACGUGACGUGGACGUGGACAUGGACGUGGACGGGAUGGGGGGAAGUAGGGAAGGGGAUGGGGGGGAGCAGGGAAGGGGAUGGGGGGAAGCAGGGCAGGGGAUACGGGGUAAGAGGGGAUAGGAUAGGGGGAAGCAUGGCUAGGGAUACGGGGAAGCAGGGAAGAGGAUGGGGGGAACGUGGGCAGAUGCCGGGGAGAGAGCUGGGGGGAGGAUGGUGGGGAGCAGAGAGGGAAUCAAAACGCUAUGGGGAGAGGGGAAGAGCGGAUGGAAACGCGGAGGUGGACAUGGACGUGGACAUGGACGUGGACGUGGACGUGGACGUGGACAUGGACGUGGACGUGGACGUGGACGUGGACGUGGACAUGGACGUGGACGUGGACGUGGACAUGGACGUGGACGUGGACGUGGACGUGGACGUGGACGUGGACAUGGACGUGGACGUGGACGUGGACAUGGACGUGGACGUAGACGUGGACGUGGACGUGGACGUGGACAUGGACGUAGACGUGGACGUGGACAUUGACGUGGGCGUAGACGUGGACGUGGACGUGGACGUGGACGAAGACAUGGUCGUGGACGUGGACGUGGACGUGGACGUGGACGUGGACAUGGACGUGGACGUGGACGUGGACUUGGACGUGGACGUGGACGUUGACGUGGACGUGAACGUGGACGUGGACGUGGACAGGGACAUGGACGUGGACGUGGACGUGGACAUGGUCGUGGACGUGGACGUGGACGUGGACAUGGUCGUGGACGUGGACGUGGACGUGGACGUGGACAUGGACGUGGACGUGGACGUGGACAUGGACAUGGACGUGAACGCGGACGUGGACGUGGACAGGGACGUGGACGUGGACGUAGACGUGGACGUGGACAUGGACGUGGACGUGGACGUGACGUGGACGUGGACAUGGACGUGGACGGGAUGGGGGGAAGUAGGGAAGGGGAUGGGGGGGAGCAGGGAAGGGGAUGGGGGGAAGCAGGGCAGGGGAUACGGGGUAAGAGGGGAUAGGAUAGGGGGAAGCAUGGCUAGGGAUACGGGGAAGCAGGGAAGAGGAUGGGGGGAACGUGGGCAGAUGCCGGGGAGAGAGCUGGGGGGAGGAUGGUGGGGAGCAGAGAGGGAAUCAAAACGCUAUGGGGAGAGGGGAAGAGCGGAUGGAAACGCGGAGGUGGACAUGGACGUGGACAUGGACGUGGACGUGGACGUGGACGUGGACAUGGACGUGGACGUGGACGUGGACGUGGACGUGGACAUGGACGUGGACGUGGACGUGGACAUGGACGUGGACGUGGACGUGGACGUGGACGUGGACGUGGACAUGGACGUGGACGUGGACGUGGACAUGGACGUGGACGUAGACGUGGACGUGGACGUGGACGUGGACAUGGACGUAGACGUGGACGUGGACGUUGACGUGGAUAUGGACGUGGACGUGGACGUGGACGUGGACGUGGAGGAGUUGGACGUGGACAUGGACGUGGACGUGGACAAGGACGUGGAAGUGGACGUGGACGUGGACGUGGAGAACUUGGACGUGGACAUGGACGUGAACGUGGACGUGGACAUGGACGUGGAGGACUUGGACGUGGACAUGGACGUGGACGUGGACGUGGACAUAAACGUGGGCGUGGACAUGGAGGUGGACGUGGACGUGGACGUCGACAUGGACGUGGACGUGGACGUGGACGUGGACGUGGACGUGGACGUGGACGUGGACAUGGUCGUGGACAUGGACAUGAACAUGGACGUGGACAUGGUCGUGGACGUGGACGUGGACAUGGACGUGGACGUGGACGCGACGUGGACGUGGACGUGGACGUGGACGUGCACCUGGUCGUGGACAUGGACGUGGACGUGGACGUGGACGUGGACGUGGACGUGGACAUGGACGUGGACGUGGACGUGGACGUGGACGUGGACGUGGACGUGGACUGGGACAUGGACGUGGAGGUGGACGUGGAGUGGACGUGGACGUGGACGUCGACGUGGACGUGGACGUGGACGUGGACGUGGACGUGGACGUGGGAGUGGACGUGGGAGUGGACGUGGAGUGGACGUGGACGUGGACGUGGACGUGGACGUGGACGUGGACGUUGACGUGGACGUGGACGAGGACGUGGACGUUGACGUGGACGUGGACGUGGACGUGGACGUGGACAUGGACGUGGACGUGGACGUGGACGUGGACGUGGACGUGGACGUGGACAUGGACGUGGACGUGGACGUGGACGUGGACGUGGAGGACGUGGAUGUGGACGUGGACGUGGACGUGGAGAACUUGGACGUCGACAUGGACGUGAACGUGGACGUGGACGUGGACGUGGACGUGGACGUGGACGUGGACGUGGACGUGGAGAACUUGGACGUGGACAUGGACGUGAACGUGGACGUGGACGUGGACGUGGAGGACUUGGACGUGGACAUGGACGUGGACGUGGAGUGGACGUGGACGUGGACACGUGGACUGGACGUGGACGUGGACGUGGACGUGGACGUGGACGUGGACAUGGACGUGGACGUGGACGUGGACGUGGACGUGGAGAUGGACGUGGACGUGGAAGUGGACGUGGACAUGGACGUGGACGUAGACGUGGACGUGGACGUGGACAUGGACGUGGACGUGGACGUGGACGUGGAGGACGUGGACGUGGACGUAGACGUGGACGUGGAGAACUUGGACGUGGACAUGGACGUGAACGUGGACGUGGACGUGGACGUGGAGGACUUGGACGUGGACAUGGAUGUGGACGUGGACGUGGACGUGGACGUGGACGAGGACUUGGACGUGGACGUGGACAUGGAAGUGGACGUGGACGUGGACGUGGACAUGGACAUGGACAUGGACGUGGACGUGGACGUGGACGUGGACCUAGACGUGGACGUGGACGUGGACGUGGACGUGGACAUGGACGUGGACGUGGACAUAGACGUGGACGUGGACGUGGACGUGGACGUGGACGUGGACAUGGACGUGGACGUGGACGUGAACAAGACGUGGACGUGGACGUGGACGUGGACGUGGACGUGA